AUGGACAUAAGAAAGUUUUUUGGUGGUCGAGAAAAGAGAAAAUUGCCAGAAAUAAGUAGUAGCGGAAGUGAUGAACAUGAAGGAAUAUAUAAAAUUCCCAAAUCCUCCAACGAACCUUCCACUUCUUAUGAUCGCAAUACCAGAAAUGCAGAUCCUUCAUCUUCUAAAAAGCUUACAAAUGAAGAACGUUUUGAAAAUGACAUAGGUCAAUGGGUGGGACGGUCUAAUCAUUUAACAACAUCUCAAAAAAUGGAUAUCUUGAAACGUUGUUGGACGCCACCAGAAAAUUACAACUUUAGUGAGGAUGCUAUUUCUGUUGGAUCAAAGAGAAAAUUUAACCAUAGUUGGUUACAGGCCUAUGCUCCUUGGCUUGCGUAUUCGAAAAUACUGAAAGGAGCUCUUUGUUUGUACUGUGUUCUGUUUCCACCGAAAAAAGUCCAAGGUGUUUUAGGUUCAUUUAUCAUCAAACCUUUUACACGAUACAAAGACAUUCACGAGGGCUGUAGAAACCAUAUUUCCAAUAAUUGGCACCAAGGAGCAACCGAAGCAGCUAAAAGUUUUAUGGAAGAAGUACCUAUAAAUAUUAUGAUGGUAUCCGGACACCAAAAAGUACUAGAACAAAAUCGAAAAAUUAUUUCGUCCAUAAUUUCAUAUGUACUAUUUUGCGGAACCCAUGAUCUACCCUUUAGAGGAAAAGGUCAAAAUGAAGGAGUUUUCUAUGACUUAAUUCAAAUGCGAAUUGAAGCUGGUGAUCAGUAUCUCCAAAACCAUAUCGAAAAGGGCAAGCGAAAUGCCAUCUACACAUCUCCGCAAAUUCAGAAUGAAAUCAUCAAUAUAAGUGGAACAUUAAUCAAAGAUUGUAUUAUUAAUGAUGUUAAAAAGGCUGUAGCUUUCAGUAUAAUGGCAGAUGAGACCGCUGAUAUCUCAGGAACAGAGCAAUUGUCUAUUGGGAUUAGAUUUUUUGAUGAUGAGAAAAGGGCUAUCAGAGAAUAA